UGAACACAUAGUUUGUGAACGAAUAGUGAAUGAGUGACUGAAUGACUGAAUGAGUGUCUGAUUGUGUUUUGGACUCAACACUGAUUACAAGCAUUCAAUCAUUUGCUCAUUGAUUGUGACAUUCAUUUGAAUCACUUCUUGUAAUCCUGUAUUCACUGCACUCGAGGACAUGAGUGAACAGCAAUUGGAUCACGCGUUGGAUCUGAUGAGACGACUGCCUCCGCAGCAGAUCGAGAAGAAUUUGAGUGAUUUAAUAGAUUUAGUGCCCAAUCUAUGCGAAGACCUGUUGUCAUCAGUGGAUCAGCCGUUGAAGAUAGCGCGGGAUAAGGAGAAUGGCAGGGAUUAUCUGCUCUGUGACUACAAUCGCGACGGAGACUCAUAUCGGUCUCCGUGGAGUAACAAAUACGACCCGCCCUUAGAAGACGGUGCCAUGCCUUCCGAUAAGUUAAGACAUCUCGAAGUGGACGCCAAUCAGGCCUUCGAUCAGUACCGGGAGAUGUACUUCGAGGGCGGCGUGUCUUCAGUGUAUUUAUGGGAUUUGGAUCACGGAUUCGCU